GGGGCGGGGCCUCCGCCAUCUUUUCUGCGGUGCGGCAGCGGGGCCCGGCGGCUCUUAAAGGGGGCACGGUGCGGGGUGGGUCCCUCACGGCGCGGCAUGGAGACCGGAGCGGCACAGGAGGCUCAGGGCAGCCCUGCGCCCCUCUCCGACGCCCCCUGCGCCUGCCCCCAGCCCCUGCCCGGGGGUCGCCCGCCGCCCCCCGAGUGCCUGCGGCGGCAGAAGCGCCGCGAGCUGGACGCGCGGCGCAGCAAGUGCCGCAUCCGCAUCGGCGGGCACCUGGAGCGCUGGUGCCGCCUCAAGGAGCAGCUCGGAUUCGCCCUGCACUCCCAGCUGGCACAGUUCCUCCUCGACAGGUACAGCUCUCACGGCUGCACCUGGAGCACAGGAGAGCUGGAGCAGCUCCAGCCGGCGGCGCUGCAGCGCCUGGUCGCGCUGUCCCACGGCCACGGCCAGGAGUGUGGCUUUGUGCCAGACAUCCGGCUGCCAGCGCCAGGCAGCGCGGCCCCGCUGGUUUGGGAGUGCGUGGCCGGGCACCGCUUCUCCUGGGGUGGCUCUGGGGGUCCCAGCAGCCCCUCCUGCCACCCCCCAAAAGAGGCCCAGGGGCGCGGCCCCUCGCUGGGCGCUGGGCGCCGGCGCUCGCUCCGCAGGGCCACGCUGGAGGGGACGGCCAGGUCACCCCAUGGAGAUAGGGAUGGGGACGAGGACACAGGACGUGGUGAUGCUGGUGGCACAGCCCCCCAGGUGCUGCUGGAACCGGGGCCUGUGGUGGCAGCUGGCGAGAGCAGCGCCGUCCCCGGGGACGACGCAGAGCCAGGAGUUGAGCCCCGAGAGGAAGAGGAGGAAGAGGAGGACGAGGACUUUGCCAAGGGUGAUGACCUGGCCUACACCGACGACCUGCGUGAUGAGAACUAUCACCCAUCCCUGGACAGCACCUCAGAGCCGCAGCGGUGCCAGAGCCAGCCCAAGGCUCGCAAGAAGCCAGCCAAGGAGGAGCAGCCCCUGCUCGAGCCAGCCCUGCCCAGCUCUGGCCCCUUGGAGGAGAAGAGCAGGCGGGUCAGUUGCCGUCGGCAGCCACAAGCAGGAGACAAGGACAUGGCUCAGAUCGGCCCCAAGAGGAUCAGGAAGGCAGCGAAGCGCGAGAUCCUCCUGUGUGACUUCGAAGGCUGCGGCAAAAUCUUCUCCAACCGCCAGUACCUGAACCACCACCAGAAGUACCAGCACGUGCACCAGAAAACCUUCACCUGCUCUGAGCCCACCUGUGGGAAAUCCUUCAACUUCAAGAAACACCUGAAGGAACAUGAGAAGCUGCACAGUGACAAGCGGGAUUACAUCUGUGAGUUCUGUGCGCGCUCCUUCCGCACCAGCAGCAACCUGAUCAUCCACCGACGGAUCCACACUGGGGAGAAGCCACUCCAGUGUGAAAUCUGUGGCUUCACCUGCCGCCAAAAAGCCUCCCUGAACUGGCACAUGAGGAAACACGACGCCGACUCCUUCUACCAAUUCCCGUGUGAUGUCUGUGGCAAGAGGUUCGAGAAGCGGGACAACGUCACCGCCCACAAGAGCAAGAGCCACCCCGGGGGGCUCCCCCAUCCCGAGGGAACCCGGCAGCACCCGGAGCCCCCCGGGCCCGUGGAACCUCUGGAGCUGCUUGGGGAUGUCCUGGGCAGAGGGGGGGAUGCAGGGAGGACCCCACUGGAGUUUGGGGUGGGGGGCGCUGGGCAGGAUCCAGGCACACCCCAGGGCCACGGGGUGGGUGAGGGGGAGUCCUAGAGGGCUCGUCCCCCAGUUUGGGGACUGGAGCAAAACUGGGGGUGAUGCUGGACGGUGCAGCAGCUCCAGGUGCCAAAAAUACAUGGGAGAGGCAAAACUGGGGAAAAUCGCAGUUUUUCAGCCAAAUCCUAGACGAAAUCCCAAGUUUUCAGCCAAAUCCCAAUUUUUUUUUGCCAAAUCCCAGCCUCCCUUGAGCCCAGCAGUAUUGCCACAAGUGGAUCCUCAAUAAAGACUUAUUUUGGGUAAAA